AUGCAGGAGGCUGAGCGAUCGCAGGAGCUCUUGGCGCAGGCAAACUCGGUUACCUCAGCGAAGCAAGGAGGCCGACCGGGGCAGCGCGGGCAGUCUGGCGGUGGUGGUAGCAGUGGCUGGAAGCCGGCCAAGGAGGUCGACAAUAACAAGUCGACCAAGAACAGCGGUCGAGGAGGAGGAGGUCGACGACGGGAGUGCUGGCUGUGUGGCACCCCCGACCACCUCUCCUUCGAGUGCCCUGACCGCAGUGACUCCGACGACGACGACGCCAAGGGAGGCCGCGGGAGGUCUGGCAGCCGUCGUCCUCGUCGAGGAGGGAACAAGUCGCGCAAGGAGAACCAGUCGACAACAUCGACCUCGGCGAAGGACGCCGACUCCGUUGCAGGCGGCAAGGGGCGAGACGACAAGAUGGCGUCGUGCUCGCUGGUCGGCGUCGUGGAGCCGACCAUCUCUCUGGCGCCGGAGGCCGGAGAGGACUUCGAGGCGGUGGCGGCGGCUUUGCAGGCGAACCCAGCGGUGGUCCUGCUCGACAGCGGUUGCUCUCACCACCUGAUGGGAACGAAGGAAGCCUUCGUCGACCUGCAGCCGAGUGGCUCCAUCAAGCACGUGCGCGGCUUUUAUGGGGCGCUGCAAGACGUUCAGUGCCGUGGCACCGCCUCCCUGCAAGGAGAGGCCGGUAAGGAGGUGCUCAUCUCCGACGUGCUGUACGUCCCGGGUGUGCGGGCCAACCUGCUGUCGGCCGGCCAGCUGAAGGAGCACGGCGUGAAGCUCCAGGAGGACGGCGACAGCAUGCUGCUCGUCUCGGCAGCAGGGGAGGUGCUCGGGCGGGCGACGUACUCCGGGCGAGUCCUCUACACCGACCUGCGUCCCUGCGCGACGAGGUCGACGCCGCCCACGACGGAGGUUGUGGCUCUGCGGUCGAUCGUCUCGAAGACGAAGUCGACGCCAGACAGACUGCAUGCGAGGCUUGCGCACGUCGGCAUGGACACCAUACGGAGCUCGGCGAAGAACGAGGUCGCCAUUGGGCCGGACCUCAAGUCGGCGACGGACGCCGACCCCCCGUGUGUCUCGUGCGUCGGCGGGAAACUGGCGCGGCACACCUUCCCCGACCAAGGCUCCGACGCCGACGACGUGCUGGCCGUUGUGCACAUCGACCUGUGCGGGCCGUUUCGCGUGGCUGCCAAGGAUGGCAGCCUGUACUUCUUGCUGCUGAAGGAUCGCAAGACCCGCUACGUGUGGGUGAAGCCGGUCGCCAAGAAGUCAGAUGCGUUGCAGGCCUUCGUUCAGUGGCUGGCGGUGGCUGAGCAGCAGACGAAGAAGCCGGUGUUGAUGCUGCGAUCUGACCGGGGAGGGGAGUUCCUCGGGAAGCAACUCACCGACUUCGUGAACGGCAAGGGGAUCGUCCACGACCUGACCUGCCCAUACACCCCGCAGCAGAACGGCAUGGUGGAGCGGGAAAUGAGGACGGUGGUGGAGUCAGUGCGGACAAUGCUGCUGCACAUGGGUGUGCAGCACCACUGGUGGCACCUCGCUCUGCGGCAGGCCGUCUGGGUCCGCAACUGUCUAGAGAGGUCGACGCUGCCGCCGGGGACGACGCCGUACCAGCUGCUGACCGGGAAGAAGCCCGACUUGUCGCUGGCGCGGGUGUGGGGCUGCAUGGCGCAGUUCCUUGUCCCUGAGCAGCAGCAUGGUGGGAAGCUGAAGCCAAAGGCCAGGUGGGGCCUGCACCUUGGCGUGCCGGCGGCGAGCAAGGGCUGGGAGCUCCUCGACGUCGACACCGACCGGGUGGUCACCACGUCGGACGUGGUGUUCUACGAGGAGAUGUCGCUGGCCGAGUGGAAGACGGAGUGUGGGCCGGUGUCCGGCCGCUCGUCAUCCACUCCGCCCUCUGACACCUCGUCGGCGACGCUGCCGCUUCUUGCCGAGGUUGGCGAGCUUGCUACUGAGGACGUUGAGGAUGUCCACACCCCUGCCCCUCCCCUCGUGAUCGACCUGCGUGGGCUGACCUCGGUGUCGGCCUCCGGCGAUGCGGGGAGUCGUGGAACGCCGCCUUCGGCGCCGGCCAAGUGCAUCGCCGGUGGCCGACGUGACGAGCGGCGAAUCGACGAGGGAUUGCAGUCGACAGGGGAGGAGCAGGUCGAGGAGCAGCAGCCGACAAGGGAGCAGGCUGCCGUGAAGCCGACCACGGAGCAGUCGGCGACCGGGCCGUCGGCAGGGGAGCCGACCACAGGGGAGAAGUCGGCUGGGAAGCCGACCACAGUGGAGCAGUCGGUUGGUACGCUAUCUGAGGAACAGCAGGACGCCGAGGGCAGCGACGACAGCGACGAUGGAGGGGAUGCCGAGGAGGCCCAGCCAGGACCACGGCGUUCAGGCCGACUUCGGAGGCCGCCUGACUUCUUCGUCCCCGCUGCCUUCACCACGGUGUAUGACGUGGACGAUGACGACGACCUGCUGUACGAUGACGCCGAGGAGGAUGAGGAGUUCCCGGAGCUCGACCCCGACAUGCUAGCCGACCCCGAGCACCGUUGGGACAUCUCGACGAUGACGCUGAAGGAGGCGCUGGCGAGCUGGAAGGGCCCAGCGGUGAAGGCCGCCAUGGAGGAGGAGAUUUGCAGCCUCCUCAACAUGGGCACUUGGGAGCUGGUCGAACGCCCGCCGGGGGUGAACGUCAUGAAAAACCGGUGGGUGUUGUCGACGAAGUAUCACAUCGACGACACCGUCGAGCGAGAGAAGGCAAGGCUGGUCGUGAAGGGCUUCACACAGCAGACCUGCAGCAGUGGGUGA